AUGUUGAAGAAUUUCAAAUUGAAGAAAGACAGUGUGAAACAGCGCAUAACUUCUGCGGAUAUUUCCGGACCUACUCAAAGUCCAGGGAGCUCAGUGCAAAACGUAAAGACCAUUCCUAUCAGGCAAUUAUCUACAUCAUCACAGCUAUCUUCGGGGUUUACAAGUGGAAAAUCAAAAGAUAUCUCGUCUCCAGAAAAAGUAAUCAAAGCGUUAUACAAUUACCAGGCACAAUCAGCCGGUGAAUUAUCAUUCAAUAAGGGAGACUUUUUCCAUGUUCAGCAAGAGGAGAACGAUUGGUAUGAGGCCUCCAAUCCGGCGGACGGCAAGAGAGGCAUGGUUCCUAAGAAUUAUUUCGAGAUUUUUGGCAGAACAAGGCCAAAUUCGCAUGCAUCACCGGUGAAAAGUAUAAAUAGAAAUGGAUCUGUCGGUAGUAAUCAGUUAUUACAGCAUCAUCAGCAGCAACAGCAGCAACAGCAGCAACAACAACCUUCCAAUAUGGGAACUCUUUAUGCAAUUGUACUGUAUGAUUUUCAAGCAGAAAAGGCAGAUGAGUUAACAGCCUAUGCCGGAGAAAACUUGUUCAUUUGUGCUCAUCACGAUUUUGAAUGGUUUAUCGCUAAGCCCAUUGGCAGGUUGGGUGGUCCCGGUCUAGUUCCUGUUGGUUUUGUGACUAUUAUAGAUAUAGCUACUGGUUAUGCCACGGGAAAUGAUGUAAAAAGCGAUAUCGAAUCAGUGAAUCUACCCUCGGUCCAAGAAUGGAAGAUCAAUAUCGCCCGUUACAAGGCUAGCAAUAUCACACUAGGUUCAGUGGAACAGCAGGGUCAGUCGUACGUGCAACACCGAUCACAAUCCAGGCAAAAUUCACAAAACCGUCAACCACACCCCAGCACGCAGCACUCGAGCGCUGCCAAUACAACCUAUCCUGCUGAUGCCGUUUUCCUUACCUACGCUGCAGUCGAGACAUUUUUCCUACAGGACGAUAAGUAUUGGUUCCAAGUCUCGUGUCAGUUAUCCAACAACACCACGCGUAUUUUGAAGCGUUAUUAUGAAGAUUUCUAUGAUUUACAAGUAAAGCUACUCGAUAUCUUCCCUGCAGAAGGGGGUAAACUAAGAGACACUAAUGGUCAGUGGACGAAACGUAUAAUGCCAUAUAUACCGGGUCCAGUUCCGUAUGUGACAGAUACCAUUUCAAAAAAGAGAAAAGAUGACCUAAAUAUAUACGUGAAGGAUUUGAUUUCCCUACCGCCGCAUAUAUCACAAUCACAUCUGGUCAAGGGUUUGUUUGCCGUUAAAAAUAAUGGUUUUGACCGUGAGAUUAGUAAUGAUGAAACUGUGGAGCUUGACGUAAAAGGUAGGGCUGAUGAUUCAACUCUGACUAACCAAGAACUACAACUUCCAGAGGCAAUGAAGAGACUGUCUCUGAUUAAUAGCGCUUCCAAUGCCAGUGCUAAAGUCAAAUCAAGGCCGCCUAGUGGUUUCGCUCCGAGAAUAACUGAUGAAAAGCCUGUCAAGAUCAAAUUUUAUUACAAAGAUGACAUAUUCGCCUUGAUGCUGCAUCCUACCAUUACUUUUGAAGAAUUGUGCAGUAAAAUAGCACCUAGAAUUGACGCAGAUUCUUUUAAGUUGUACAUCAAAAACGGAGAUGAUAUUGGCACUCAAGUCACUACUGAUGCAGAAGUACCGGUUCUAAUUCAAGAGAAACGCAAGAUCUUUGUCGAUGACAGCUAA